UACGUUGGUACCAGAUCAGUUAGUAUGAUUCUAAGUUAUCUAAUGUCACGUUUAAAAAAAUUACCAUGUCAUCAAGAGUUAAACAUCCCAAAUAAUAUUUCACACGCUGUUUCUCUCCCCUGUUUUCUCUUUCCUCUGGAUUCAGAUCUGGAUUUAGGAUCCUUCUUCUGUCUAUUCUCAAAUUCCACCAUAGAAGACUCUAAAUCUCAUUCCACUUUUAUAUCAUUUCACAAUCAUUUUCUUUGAUGGACAGGAAGAGCACAAGAAAGAUAUAGUAGAAAAGAAAGGAACAAUCCAUUCUGAGGAUUUUCUUCCCUCCUUUUUAAAGCUUUAAGUUUUAGAAGACUCUGAACCAUACUCCACUUUUCUAUCAUUUUACAACCAUUUUCUUUGAUGGAUAGGUAGAGCACAAAAAAGAAAUAGUAGAAUAGUAGAAAGGAAAGGAACAAAGCACUCUAAGGGCGUGUUUGUUUCACCGGAUUGGACAGGAUUGUGUCCCAAUCCGGUGUUUGGAAGGAACAAAUGAAGGAGCGGAUAAGUUAGCUGCUACAGUGAAAUAAUCCCCCGAGAGGGGGAUUAAGCUAACCUGUCCUUCCCCCUGGGUCAAAUUUCUGUCCGGAGCUCAUCGAAGGCGUUGGUGGUGUCUCUCGCGUGCCUCUGCCCAGAUCAAGCUCUGUGUUCUUCUUCUUGAAUCUGAUCGCAUCAUAGCUCGUCUCCAACAACCAUAUUCACUAGAUUGCAUUCCAGUGGAGGCAGAGUAUCAGCAAUGGAAGUUGGAGGUAGCAGUAACGAUAAUAGGGGUGGUGACUCUAGGCGUACAUGGACUCAACGAGAGGAAGAAGCUUUACUGAUUAUCUUAGAUGAAGCUGUAGCUAGUGGGCAACGUUGUGAUACAGGGUCAUUUAAGCCUGGCACACUUACUAUGAUUGAGAGGCGACUAUCUGAUCUGUGUCCUAAUUCGAGACUACGAGCCAAUCCACAUAUUGAGUCGAAGAUGAGAAAGUGGAAGAAGCAAUAUGGUAUAAUAUAUGACAUGUUGAACAAAAGUGGAUUUGGAUGGAAUGACUCUCUUAAAUGCGUGGAGGUUGACAGUGAAGAAGUUUGGCAAGCAUAUGUGCAGAGUGCCCCAAGUGCAAAAGGUUGGAGAGGAAAAUCUUUUCCUAUUUAUGAGAAGCUUGCUAAUAUUUUUGGGAAGGAUCGGGCAACCGGACAUGGAGCACAAACUCCAAUUGAUAUGAUCAAUGAAAUAAAUCUAGACACUGCAGAUGAACCAAUUGAUAAUGUCGAUUCUCCAAUGUCUGUGAAUCGAGGAGGUAGUGAACCAUCUACACAAGUCCAAGCAAGAGGUAAACGAAAAUCUAGAUCGAAGGACGAUGACAUUGUAGCCGGGUUAGGCAAUGCAGCAGAGAAAUUAUUUGAUAAAUUGGCUGCAAAGUUGGAAAAAUCCGAGGCUUAUUAUCCACAAUAUUUAGCUAUGGAGCUUGACAGGUUAGGAUUUGAGGCCAGUGAUAACCUCAAAAUCUCUAAGGCAAUGAGAUCGGAUCCAUCGAAUAUAGAGGUUUUUAAGGUUAUUAAAACGGAUGCGGGGAAGAUUGCAUAUGCUCGUGACUUUUUGGAUAACUAAUUUAGUAAAGUAGUGGACUACAUAUUUCUGUUUAUGUAUGGGAGGAUUAUAAUUAUGAACAAUUAGGUUUGAAACUUAUGAACUUGUUGUAUGGUGGUGGAUGUUUGUUUCUAAAUUUGCAUGUAAGGAUAAUUUUAUGAUUAUGUGUUAUGUUUUAGAAUAUUCAUAUGCGCGUGAUUGAGUUGAUUUAUUGAUUUUUUAAUUGUAUUACUAUAUUAUAUUAUAAUGUAUUCUUAUAUGCAGGAAUAUUAAAUGGCAAGGAAAAGAGUUUAUGUUGUGUUUAAAGGUAGAGAACCAGGGAUAUAUAAUUCUUGGCCUGAAUGUCAUCAACAAGUGCAAGGAUUUAGAGAUAAUUUAUAUCAAGCAUAUAAUACAACCCAAGAAGCUGAAAUUGCAUAUGUUGAGUAUGUAGAACAACGGAUGCGGAAUCGUAAUGACGCAAAUCUAAUACGAAAUACCACCGCACAUACACAUGCUCAAUUGAACAAUGAAUGGCGUAAUGGUUUUAUAGUAGGUUUUUUAUUUGGAUUGCUAUCAACAAGUGUAUUUACUUAUUUGUUUUAUAAGUAAAUUAUCCUUGUAAAAUCCAAUAUAUUUAUAUUUAUGUAGUACUUGUUAUUUGAAUUGCUACAUGUGAAAUCUAUAUACAUAUACGUAUAAUUUGGA